GGCGGUUAGGUGACGGCUAUUCCGGUUGGCGAGACGCCGUUGGUGGUGAUAAAAAAAGACGAAAGCGGCGGAGAGAAAGUGUGAAGUGAGCGGGACCGGAGGGUCGGCCGGUGAGGGAGGCAGCCAGCGCCGCACGGUCCUCCCCGCCCACAAACCACAGGCUUCCCUCAGUGUUUCCAAACCGUCAGCGCCGCUCAGGAGGUGCGCCCGCUGGGAGCCGGCCCGUCCUCCCGCCCGCCCGCCCGCCGGGUCCCACAGCCCACCGAGCGGGGCUUCGCCUGUCGCCGGGUCCCACAGCCCACCGAGCGGGGCUUCGCCUGUCGCCGGGUCCCACAGCCCACCGCCGGCAGGUUCCCAUCCGUCAAGCGGCCGCUGCAAACCCAGCGAAGGAGCGUGUGUAGGAAGGGGCUCCAUGAAUGGAAAUCGGAACCCCAGGAGCUGUUGGGGCUCAGCCCCUCUUCACGGUGCCAAGGCGUCCAGGAUGUGGCACCAUGGGAAAACCGAUUAAACUGCUGGCCAACUGCUUCCAAGUAGAUAUCCCAAAGAUUGACGUCUACCUCUAUGAGGUAGAUAUUAAACCAGAUAAAUGUCCUCGCAGGGUUAACAGGGAAGUGGUUGACUCUAUGGUUCAGCAUUUUAAAGUUCAGAUUUUUGGAGAAAGAAGACCUGUCUAUGAUGGGAAAAGGAGUCUCUAUACUGCUGAUCCCAUUCCGGUCAGCAGUACUGGGGUGGAUUUGGAGGUGACGUUGCCAGGAGAAGGGAAGGACCGAAUUUUCAGGGUGUCAAUAAAAUUUGUUUCAAGGGUGAGCUGGCACUUGCUACAUGAAGUCCUAACAGGUCGUAGCAUGCCAGAGUUGCUGCCUGGAUUGGAUCUGGACAAGCCACUCAGCACAAAUCCUGUCCAUGCUGUUGAUGUUGUCCUUCGACACCUUCCCUCCAUGAAGUAUACCCCUGUUGGCCGCUCUUUCUUUUCUGCUCCUGAAGGGUAUGACCAUCCAUUGGGUGGUGGUAGAGAAGUCUGGUUUGGUUUCCAUCAGUCUGUCAGACCUGCCAUGUGGAAAAUGAUGCUAAACAUAGAUGUUUCUGCCACUGCUUUCUAUAAAGCACAGCCUGUAAUUCAGUUCAUGUGUGAAGUUUUAGACAUACAUAAUAUUGAUGAACAACCACGACCUUUGACUGAUUCCCAUCGUGUCAAAUUCACCAAAGAGAUAAAAGGAUUGAAAGUUGAAGUAACUCACUGUGGACCUAUGAGGAGAAAGUACCGUGUGUGCAACGUUACCAGGCGACCAGCCAGUCAUCAAACGUUUCCCUUACAGCUAGAAAGUGGACAGACUGUGGAAUGCACAGUGGCUCAGUAUUUCAAACAGAAAUACAACCUUCAGUUAAAGUAUCCACAUCUGCCCUGUCUGCAGGUGGGACAGGAACAGAAACACACCUAUCUACCACUUGAGGUCUGUAACAUUGUUGCGGGGCAGCGCUGUAUCAAGAAACUGACAGACAAUCAAACAUCAACGAUGAUCAAAGCAACAGCACGCUCCGCACCUGAUAGACAAGAGGAGAUAAGUAAACUGGUAAAAAGCGCAAACUAUGACGCGGACCCUUUCGUCCAGGAGUUUCAGUUUAAAGUCCGAGAUGAAAUGGCUCAUGUGACAGGGCGAGUACUUCCAGCUCCCAUGCUGCAGUAUGGAGGGAGGGUGGAACCAAGUCAUUUCAGAUUACAAACUAAUCGAACAGUUGCUACUCCAAGUCAUGGUGUUUGGGACAUGCGGGGGAAACAGUUCCAUACAGGGGUUGAAAUCAAAAUGUGGGCAAUAGCAUGUUUUGCAGCACAGAGACAAUGUAGAGAAGAAGUACUUAAGAGUUUCACUGACCAGCUGAGGAAGAUAUCUAAAGAUGCAGGAAUGCCAAUUCAGGGCCAGCCAUGUUUUUGUAAAUAUGCACAAGGAGCUGAUAGUGUGGAGCCAAUGUUCAGGCACCUGAAGAAUACAUAUUCAGGACUCCAGCUUGUUAUUGUCAUUUUACCUGGGAAAACUCCUGUCUAUGCUGAAGUGAAGCGUGUGGGGGAUACUCUCCUAGGAAUGGCCACUCAGUGUGUUCAGGUGAAGAAUGUUGUUAAAACAUCUCCACAGACAUUAUCAAACCUUUGCCUGAAGAUAAAUGUGAAAUUAGGUGGAAUCAACAACAUUCUGGUACCACAUCAACGACCAUCCGUGUUCCAGCAACCUGUGAUUUUCCUGGGAGCUGAUGUCACACACCCACCUGCUGGAGAUGGCAAGAAGCCCUCAAUUGCUGCUGUUGUAGGCAGUAUGGAUGCCCAUCCUAGUCGUUACUGUGCCACUGUGCGUGUUCAGAGACCUCGACAGGAGAUCAUUCAAGAUUUGGCAUCAAUGGUUCGAGAACUUCUCAUCCAGUUUUACAAAUCAACACGUUUUAAGCCCACACGAAUUAUAUUUUAUCGAGACGGGGUUUCUGAAGGGCAGUUUCGUCAGGUAUUGUAUUGUGAGCUUUUGGCGAUUCGAGAAGCGUGCAUCAGCCUGGAGAAGGACUAUCAACCUGGUAUUACAUAUAUCGUGGUACAGAAGCGCCAUCAUACACGAUUAUUCUGCGCUGAUAAGAAUGAAAGGGUUGGGAGAAGUGGAAAUAUUCCAGCAGGAACUACUGUAGAUACAGAUAUCACCCACCCAUACGAGUUUGAUUUUUAUCUCUGCAGCCAUGCUGGGAUACAGGGUACGAGUCGCCCUUCUCACUAUCAUGUUCUGUGGGAUGACAACUGCUUCUCUGCAGAUGAGCUUCAGCUCCUUACCUAUCAGCUAUGUCACACUUAUGUGCGCUGCACGCGCUCUGUAUCUAUCCCAGCACCAGCCUAUUAUGCACAUUUGGUGGCAUUUAGAGCAAGGUACCACUUGGUGGACAAAGAGCAUGACAGUGCUGAAGGCAGUCACAUUUCUGGUCAGAGUAAUGGACGUGACCCUCAGGCUCUUGCCAAGGCUGUGCAGAUUCACCAGGACACCUUGCGCACUAUGUACUUCGCUUAAGUUUGGGAAAUUCUCUCCAGAAGGAACCGAAGAUCACAGCCUGCAAUUCCAGUGGGGUCAGUUUACGGGCAUGUCUCCAGCCAUACUGUAACUUUCACUGUGCGGGGACAAUAGUUUCAUAAACUGACGAAAAGAGAUUGUUUACCUACGAAGAUCAUAGCACUAUUAUGCAAUAUGAAACCAGCCAACUGCUCCGUGUGUGUGUAUGCGCGUGUGUGUGGCGUGUGCACGCGCGUGCGUGUGCUCCGUCAGACCUCAUGUCUGUGUCUUUCCUUUUUUUUUCAAUAUAAUUUCCUUUUUGCCUUUACCUCAGUGUUUGGCAGCACAAAACUCAUCUUUAUCAAGCAACAUGAAAAUGGGACAAAGAAAAAACAGUUCGACAAACCUUGGAUCUCAAAGCAAGUCACUAAUUAGUUCAGAAGUCCAGUCAUUUGCUUGGAGUCUUCAACUUAGGAGGGUGGGGAGGUUGGAGAGGGAGGUGAAGACGUGCUUGAAAAUAUAUUCUAGGGAAUAACUACCAAUGCUUCAUAAGAUCGAAGAAGUCCACCUCCACCAUGCCACUGUUCAAAUUCUGCUUACUGGUUAAAUUGUCAAUUAAGUCAACUGACUGUUGAACCUAGCUAUUAGUUAUGGUAAGCUCCAUAAACAGAGCAGUGGAAUUUUAUAUACGUAAUAGAAGAUAAUAUCCAGUGCUUGGAUAAUCCUUAUUAUAGAUGGUGUGAGAGGAUCUUUUGAAAAUUCCAAGAAUUGGGGCCUCUGUUUAAUGUAGAAAUUUCUGCUUUUUUGUUACUGUUUACUUGCUAGCUCACAACUAAAUGUGAUGUUUUUUUUUGUUUUAGCAUUCUAUAUUUAUUAGAAAAAAUAAUGCUUAAUUUAAUAUGGAUUUACAUUAAAAUAUAGUAGCAUCAAUUCUAUUUAGUUCUGGAAUGUAACCGUGUUGUAUACUGACAGAACAUUGCUACCGUUAGUGCAAUAAGCGGUUGGUAAGAAAGCCCGUGUCCUACGCUGUUCUGGAGCAGCAGUUGUACCACUAUAAUCGUGGGAGAGUGGACACCUCCGCACUUCAGAACCUUAUCAGUUUUAAUAAGAAAAAGUUGAAUGCAAAAAAAAAUAGUAGGGCUGGGAUGUUUUAAUAUUACUUUAUUGGGACAUUGAUUUAUUUAAUUUACACAUCUAAUCACUGAAAUGUGAAUUUUUUUCAAAUAUUUCUGUUUUAUUUCAGUCAUUCCAUUUUAAGGUAUACCAGUUUUUUUUUAUUUGGAAAUUUUUCAUAAAACAGCUCGAUGUGUCAUUGAUACAAAUCUCAUGACGUUGUUUGCACUUUGUAAAAUCUCAUGAACUGCAUAUUUUAUCUAACGGUUGUCAUUGCACUGGCUCGAUCUGCAAUAUACAAAAUGCUGCAGCCUUCUUGAUGGAUGGGCAUUGCCUCUGUCCCAGCCCUACAAAAUCGCCUCUCCUCCACAUGAAAAUACCUAUUUUUAGAAAAAAAGACUAGAACUUUAUGGAAACAAAAGACACUGCAGAAUUUUCCUUCCCUUUCACAAAAGCUGGGCCCUUGUUCAAUGUGUUGAUCAUAAAGCAAACUAAUUUUUUUUUCAAUUUAUUCCACUUCAUCUCUUAAAUGUGGGAGGGGGUAAUACUCUUUGUAUGAUAUACUAGUUUUCAAAGGAUAUUCCUGCUUUACAAUGAAAUGUAGGAGUCCAAAUUGAUUCUUCAGGCAUGUUCACAGUAUUGAAAGCUUAAAGUCUACCAACUUUAUAACGAUUUCUUUCCGUCCAUGGUGUAGCACACCAAUCUGAUUAAAUCAAUCUGAGUUCAAUUAAAAGACUUCAGAUGGAUUUGUUAAUUUAUAAAGGCAAAUAACAAUUAACAUCACUUAAAAAUCAAUCUUUCAUUCUGGACAUUAAAGUCUGAAUAGUAUGCAUUUAUUUAGCUAUUCUUUGUAUGAAAGAGUUGUUCAUUACCCGUUCAUUUUGUGCCUUUUAGAAACAUGUAUAUUUUUAGUGUGCAUGUAUUUUCCAGUUGCAGUUAAUCAUAAUUUUCCACUGAGUUCCUUGUGUUCAAGAACACAGCAGUAAAAUAGAGUUACUCUGAACCUUGGUCAUUUACUGAUUUAUGAUGCAUCUGCGUAAGAAACACAUCCUUGCUGUGAUCCCAUUUCACUUAGUUGAUUUUAAGAAAAUAGUGCAAAUUAUACCAUUCCUACAAAUUUAUUGUUGCCUUUUGUGAUAGAUUGGUACUUUUGAUAUCUGUUACUCUUCAGUUCUUAGUUUACAAUACCAAAAAAGGAUUGACUGUUUCCAAUGAAACAAAAGUGCUUUGCUUGAGAGGAAGUUAAUGAGCUUUAAAUAGAUUCAUUCCAAUAGUUUUUAAAUCUAGUUUUUAAAUGCUGCUAAUUGAAAGAAAUCAGUUUCUUUAAAUUGUGUCUGUUUUGUGGAGAUCGGUUGCAGCUCUAGUUGUACAUGAUUGUUAGAACAUCUUAAAAAUAUCAAAAUACCUCUGACACUUUUAUUGUUAGUUUUAUAAUUGGAUGUUAUUGAUUUUUGACAGUGAACUCCACAAGUGACUGGUUAGUUUAUGUUGCUCAAGAAAUUUUGCUUUGAGAAUGAGUAAACUAAAACUACUACAGCAUUAUUGAGAAUAAUUUCAAGCGUCAAAUAAUUUUAGUCAAUCAGAAGUAAUUCAGAGAAUCUCCACUUAGUUCUUUUUAAAUCAGAAUCCUUUGGUGGGCUGUUUUUCAGGACUCUUUUUUUCUUCGGAAUUCCUUGGCUGAUAUUACUAAUAUUCUUACAAAAUAUUAAUGAAUCUAUCUUCAUGAAGCAGUGAUUUUAGGGGACAGUUCCAGCUAUUAUUUUACUCUGCUGUAAAAACCAUUGCAUGGACAUGUCUCCAGAUGCAACUUGGCUAAAUUAAAUCUUUCAAUGCAUUCUUCAUCAAAAAGUGCUUUGAUGGACAAAAUAGGCAUG